AUGGAUCCUGACGUCCCCGACCCCAAUUCCACAGCCCAGAACAACCCAGCUUCUCAUGCGCAGGGCCACUGGGCGCGGGUGCCCCAGCGCAAACCGGUUCCCUUAUCGACGACAGUCGCGAGUACGGGCGGAGCAACAAACGAGGUGGUGCCCGAGGGCGCGAAAGAAGGAAAGACAAGCGCAUCUACAUCGACGAGGAUCUGGCCGUUUCCCAGUCUCAGCAGUCUUGCGGCGCGGAGACGGACUCGGCUGUUCAUGAUUAUUGGGAUUGUCAUCGCAGUUCUACUGAUCGCAUUGAUCAUCGGUCUGGCUGUGGGGCUGACCGUUGGAAAGAAACACUCUCAGAAUCUCCCUCUCCCCACCUCCAAUGGCGGGCCCUACAAAGGCGACCUAACCUACUACAACCCAGCCCUCGGGUCGUGCGGCAUAACCAGCGCAGACUCGGACAUGGUGUGCGCCGUGUCGCACGUUCUCUUCGACGCAGCUUCCAAGGGCUCAAAUCCAAACCAGAACCCACUGUGUGGGAUGAAGAUCCGAGUGCGGCGCGGCUGGCAGAGUGUGGAUGUCAAGGUUGUGGAUCGCUGUCUCGGAUGCAAGGAAAUGGAUCUGGAUGUUACCGAGGCCGUGUUUAAGAAGCUUGCUGACCUCAAUCAAGGCCGGGUCUUGAUGGAGUGGGCGUGGCUUGAGAGCUCGCCCGUCAGUGUCUCUUGA